GAGGCUCAAAAAGCCAAAAAACCUGAAGAAGCGCAACCAAAACAGGCUCCUGAAGAGAAGGCGAAGCCAGUCGAAGAAAAGAAAGGCAAAAAAGUGGAGCAACCAGAACUGAAACAAGUCGAGGAACAAAAAGCCAAAAAACCUGAAGAAGCACAGCCAAAACAGGCUCCUGAAGAGAAGGCGAAGCCAGUCGAAGAAAAGAAAGGCAAAAAAGUCGAACAACCAGAACCGAAACCUGCUCCAGAAGAGAAAGUGAAACCACUCGAGGAGCAAAAAGCCAAGAAACCUGAAGAAGUACAACCAAAACAACAACACCAACAACAACGACUUGCACUACAACCCAAACAACAACAACAA